UUGCUGGUGUCAAAACAUCACGUGUUACUUGCAUUUUGCUAAAAAACCUUGGGCCAAUGUUGUGCACUAGCGCGUGUGAUCAAUAACAAAGGGACGCCGUUUAUCCAAUACAUCCCGUUUAUUGUUUCGUUUGAGAUAUAGUUGAGUUGGUUUGAAUAGGGGUUUGGGUGUUGUGGGAUCGUGCAUUAUUCAAGCUUAGGAAGCUGACGCCAUUUGCAAAGCAUCUAGACAUCUGGGCAUGCUUGUUGGAAUUAGAAGGCAUGGAUACGAGGUGUCUCAAUUUGGCUUGAGCGUGCUUAUUUUUUAUGUAAAAGUGUGUUUGCGUUAACCUCACGUUACUAAAAAAAUUUGAUAUCUAGCCCGCGCGCUAAUUGGAGUUAAAAUAAGUCAUCGAUGUUUUCAUUAGGCGUUAAAAGUUAACUCCAGUUGGCGCAUCUGCUUAACGCGAUUUAACGCCAGUUUUAAACCAAACUUUAGUAGAGUGAAAUAUUUGUUGUUAAGAAUUUAUCCAAUUAAAAAAUCAAACAACCACUUUAUAUUUUCAAUCACCUUCAAUAACUACUAAUUGCGGAAUAAAUUUCAAGUCAUUAAAACAAUGUGACGAUAGAAUAAUUACCUCAAUGAUAAAAAUCUAUCUCCAUGAACAACUACACGAUUUUAUUUAAACAAUAUUCUUAUCAAGAACAACGAAAGGAAAAUAUUAUAAAUAAAGUUAAGCAAUCUUUUUUUAUCGUCGCGCAAUUAUGUUGAAGAGUAAACAAACUGUAAAUAAAGAAAGAUAUACCUUUGUUGAUAUAUCAGAAAUAUGGUAGAAUAAGGAGUGUGAGUAUUUACAUAUUUUUGUGAAAAGAAUAAAACAGCUGAACUAAUUAUUGAAAACGAAAACAUUACCAUUGGUGGAAAUAUUUACAUAUGCAAGUUUCAAGAUGAACUUUCCAAUAUCUUUGAAAACUACGGUAUCCACUAUCAAUAAUACCCAAAGAACACUAUCUGCAGGGCACAUAAACAGCAUGAAUGCUUCUAACACAUAUGAAAAGAUUCUCACCGAAGAUACUGUAAUUAUCUUCUAUGUGUUAUACAUUCUGUUUUUUCUGUUUGGCAUAUCUGGCAAUCUGGUUACUUUGGCCGUCAUCAUUCAAGAAAAGUCCAUGCGAAGGUCGAUUCAUUUCUAUACACUUAACUUAGUGUCGUGUGAUUUGCUUAUAUUAUUGUUCUAUGUGCCAACUCAGUUAGAACUUAUUGUGAAGCAAAUGAACUGGACAAUGGGACUGACAAUGUGCAAAGUAAACUAUUUUAUUUUACCAAUAGCUCUUGUGGGCACCAUAGGUACACUGUUAGCUAUCACAGUAGACCGAGCAAGAGGUCUGUUGCAACCAUUCAAAUGGCGUUCAGAUUCAACAAGAAACGCGAAGAUAUCCAUUCCAAUAAUUUGGAUCGUUUCUUUAAUUUUAAACAUUCCAAUGUUUAUUGUACCUAAAGUGCAAACAAUAGAGGGAAUGGUGUCGUGCACAGAAGAGUGGUCUGGUACUGAUAAUUAUUAUUAUUACGUUUACUGGACCGGUAUGUUUAUUUUGACGUUUUUAGUCCCGCUGAUUAUCAUUUUCUUCAUUCAUAUGAUCAUGGUGCAACGUGUCAGAAAGGAAACUUGUGUAAUUUACAAAACACAUGUAAAGCAAAUGAUGCAUUUAACCAUAGCUGUUGUUGUUGUGUUUACUAUAUGCACUGGGUGUCAACAUUUUUAUUUUAUUCUUUCACUGAAAACAAACUUUGAAGUGUCAACUUCGGCUGUUCUUUUUUGUGCGUCAAAUUUUAUGGUGACCAUGCAGGCUGCAGUCAAUCCGGUAAUUUAUGGAACGCUUCGAAAGGAUUUGAAAAAAGCUUUUAAAUCGAUCCUUUGGAAAAUAACAACAAAACUUGGACUUCCUUCAUCGUGUACCGUGACUUUAGACAAAGCUCCAGAUGAACCAUCAUAUUCUACCCUUACUCCAAUUGGCCAUGAACACCAAAAUAAAGAGACAGAAAACUGUCUAAGAGAGAGUAAUUUUUGUCUUUUUAACCAACACGACAACACGGAACAAAAUUACACUUAUGUACGCAAAUGCUCGUGUGACGUUGUAGAUGAUAUCGUUGACCGACGAAAUUUGUCGUCGCGUAUACACAUUCAAAAUAUCACUUUAAAGGCUCUUCUCGAAAGCAAGGAGACCGACUUGUAACAAUUUACGUAAUAAUGUUUUAUCUUUACCAUUAUUCAUUUCAUUUUACAGUAAAUGUCAAUUUUUUCACUUCUUAAUCCUAAAUUGUUCGUGAAUUAUUGUAUUUAGACCAUUAGCUCAGAAAUUUUAGAAGAAUAUUUACAAAUGUUUUCGUUUAUCGUAUUCAUAUGUUAUGAAAUUCUAAGCACAUGCUCAAUAUCAUUAUUUCAUAUCAAAUUUGUAUUAUUGUUUUGAAAUAAAUUUGAA